AUGUAUACUUUGCUUCCUUUUAUCACUACUGGUAUGGUUCCAGAAAUGCCCAUAGAAGUAUGGUGCGUUAUUCUAAGGCUGCUGGAUUCCAAAUCAUUAUUAUCUACUGUAAGAAGUUCGUCUUCCUUUAGUUCCAUGGCUCGGGGAGAUCCAAUUUUAAGACAAAAAGUUAGAAAUGCAAUCAAAGAAGAAAAAGAAGAGAUUGUCGCUAGGCUCAGGAAACCGGGCAUAUCCACAAUAGUAGAAAGACCAUCCAAACAAUCUGAGCUAUAUUCCAAAAACUCCCAAAAGAAGACGACUAUAAGGAAGGAACCAAAAAUGUUCAAAGUUUGUGCCAAGAAGGAGUCGUUAGAUUUAAAAAUCAAAAGCAAAAUUUGUAAAUCAUCUAGAUUUAAUCCUUAUCGGAUAUAA